GUGUUGACACUAGCCUGUCUUGACUCUGUGCAGAGUUGCACAGAGGAGGAUCUAAAGAAGUCCCCGGAAAGUACCUGCAACGAAUGUCCAGCAGGUAAGCAUCACUGAGUAACACAAUUAGAAUCUGAGCUUGAACAGAAGUUGGGCUAGUUAGUCCCAAACUACACUACAGUAUAGUAUAUACCAGCCAUACUCAAUAGACUGACCGCGGUCCGGAUCCGGACCCAGAAUGGGGUCAAAACGGACCGCAGGUCCCAACUUUUUUAUUUAUUUUUGAAACUCAGUCGGGCUUUCAACUUACUGCUAUUGAGAGUUGUAAUAGUAGAAUGCACAAGGUGCAAUUUCGAAAUUUGGUAGUGCAUGGGCAGUUUUCCUCUUGUUAUGUCAUUCACUGACAGAGCUAUUUGCAUCAUAUGAACACACAUAAGACAUGGCAAAAUGUGUAGAAUUGCCAGAAAUUCGCUUUAAAGAUGGAAUCCGCAGUAGUGGGAAGCAGCGCCACUGGCUGCCCUACCACCAUUGUUAUUAUUUUUGUUGGAUAGCUGAGGAGCAGCAUGGUCAAAAAAAAUUGCAGUACAUAUUGUGCUCGUUUAUCGCUCGUGCAAUGAUGUCCGAGGUGUUCGUUGUUUGCAGUAACUUCUUUGUUGUUGUAAUAUUGCAAACGGACGUGGCUGUUUCACUAUUAAGGACUCCUGCUUUAAAACUGCAAAAUGUUCUCUCCACCCCAUGGUAAAAUGUGUAGAAUUGCAGGAAAUGAGCUUUAAAACAGCAAAAUGGUAUCUCUGCCAACAAGAGGGGUGUAAACAGUUUGAACAAUUUGGGGAUGCAUGGGUUAUGAGGUGGGGGUUUGUUACUACGCCGAUAAAUGACAAUAUCCAUCCGGACGUUUGCCACCUAGGAAAUUUGUGUGACCAGACCUUCUCCGAUAGUAUUUGAGUACCCCUGGUGUAUAGAGUAUUGUUGUAGCUUUGUUUACAAUCUUGAUGUUAGACAGUAAUUAAAUUGAGACAUAUUACAGUGCAUAUAAUACAAUGUUUGUGCAACACUUGGCGAAGAUACAUAUGCAUUGUACUGAAUUUCAACAUGUCUUUCAGGUUUUCACAAAGUAAAAGGAACCUUCAAAUGCAGAAAAUGUAUUGCGGGCAAAGGAUACACUGCAAUACCAAAUAAUAGUUCAACUUGUUUACGCUGUACAACAUGUGAUGAAGGAGGUAAGCAUUCUUCACUCCUAUUUACGUGACCAUUUCUGGACUGCAGUGUAAUAAUGCACUGAGUGCUGCAAUUAUUUUUCAUACAUGUGUGUUCAUGUUUAUGUGAAGAGCAUCUGUGUGUUUAUUUAUGGUGUGUGACUUGAGCGUAUUCUGUCAGCAGAACCACACUCGCAGUGUGCAAAGAGACUAGUUAUCACUAUUUACCACAGGAUUUAGGCCUAUCUAGAAACUUUAAAAAAAGUUAUUGUAAGAAAUAUUUUACACUGCUAGAGCUGUUUCUAUUGACAGAGGAUGUGUGUGUGUGUGUGUAAGAAAUAGUGUAUAUCUUUCCCCUUGGGAGUUUGUGUUUAUGUGAUAGGAGUGAGACGGAGACAGUGUCUUUGCUGUGUCUUUGUGUCUUAGUGUCUCAAAUGGUGGUGAAGAGUUGUGAGCCCAAGAAUGACAUUAAAUGUGGCUGCAUGAAGGGACACUACCCAAAGAGUUCCAACCAUGGAUCACGCUGCAUCAAAUGCCAAACGUAUGACCACCAGAUUCCAGCUUCUACAAUAUUUAUACAUUUAGUAAGCUGAGCAUAUGCACCACCCUUUCUGUUUAGCUCUGACAAUACAAUAUUCUGUAGUGACAAGGUGUAGUGCUCACACACUUCUUCACAGUCUCACCAACCCAUCACAUUUUGACAGAGGCAAUAACCAUAGAACAUCCUAAAACAUUUUUUUAAAUCAAAUUUGUAUUCCUGCCAAAGUACCUCAGACACAUCCACAGUGUUUCACAUUGAGACCUUGAUUGCAUCCCAGAUGGCACUGUAGUCCCUUUAUAGUGCAUUACUUUUGAUAUGGGCCCUGGUCAAAAGUAGUGCACUAUAUAGGGAACUUCUUCAGCAUAACCCCUCAAAACCCACAGUUCUUUUGAUGUAGGCUUGAUUUCCCUGAAAUGACUCAGCCAUGGGUUUUAAUCCAGUGUACUAGAGAAUUAACGUGCUCUGUUGUUGACGUAAACUAAGGAAGCACAGUUAUUUGUUGGAUGCUGCUGAAAGAUCAAUCAGAUCCUAUAAUGGCAUGCAUUGAGGUCAGUGGGUUGAGGACUUCCUCUCAAAGUGGAGCUUUAUUAGAUUUAUAAGAUCUGAAGUUCCUGAACAUCCUGUCUAUGUUUCUGAGGUACUCUUGUGUUUCUGGUAAUCAAUGUUCUAAAGGCACGCCCACAUAUCACAGAUACAAGAUUCAUUUUCAGCCCUCUGAUUUAAGUAAAAAAUAAUAACUACUGGUAAUCAUAGUUGUGACACUAAGAUUGAGAGAGUUUAUAUUUCUAGACUGCAUUGGGUACAACGCAAAAGCACAACAUACAAAAAACGUCUAUAUCCAAACCUUCCUUUCAUUGAAAGUUUUCUAAACAUUGGAUCCAUCUGACAUUCCCUUGUCCAGUCUUGACAUGUAUACAUAAGUGUUGUUGGUGUCAUAUAAAACAAUUGUUAUGAAUGUCAAUGUGAUAGGGUUUUCCGGGAAAUCCCCUCUGGUUUUAAUGUGUGAUCUUGUGUUUUUCUGUCUUCAUGUUUCAGUAAAGACUGUUCAAAGUAUACAGAAUGUCACACCUUCUGCACCAUUACUACAACUCAGAGACCCCUAAACUCGACACCCAACCCCAGCAUCACUCAAAUAGGUCCAGACCAUUGUGAGUUCCACCAAUACCUUUGCUUCCACAGAUCUUUCAGUUAUUUCAGUGACCUCAUGAAGCCUUCAUAAUCCUGUCAUAGCGCCUGUCAUUAACAGUCUUACCUUUUUACAAUUAUAAAAUUGUUUUUUUGGUUCCUGGAUGCUGAUUGGAUGAACAAUUAUAAAGUGUAAGUCAACUCAAAUGGUAACUAUUGCCACUGAUAAUUGAUAGCAUUAAUCAUAUUACAGUGUUAGUGCAUCAUACUGGCAAAUUCUAUGAUGUAAAAUAUUCUCCAGUAACUUGAAUGUCUCCUCCAUGCAAAAAAUGUGCUCUAGUUUAAUAUUUUUGCUCUCUACCCUUCAUUCUUCUGAACCUUAAAUGUAGUCACAUAGUUCAGUUGUUUUUGUGGUAUGAAAAACACCAUUGAUGGUUAUUGUCACACCCUGGUUCUGGGACUCAUUAUGUUGAGCCAGGGUGUGUGCAGUCUAUGUGUUCAUGUUCUAUGUUGGGUGUCUAGGUUGUCGAUUUCUAUGUUUGGUCAAUGACUCCCAAUCGGAGGUAACGAGUGUCAGCUGUCGGCUCGUUAUCUCUGAUUGGGAGCCAUAUUUAUACUGCGUGUUUUCACCUUGGGGUUGUGGGUUUUUGUUCCUUAGUCGGUCAGUGUAACCGUUGGACUUUACGUAUCGUGUUUUGUUUGUUAUUUAGAUACUUUAACUAAAUAAAGUCAUGUUCAUUUCACACGCUGCGCCUUGGUCUACUCUCCUUUACGACGAUCGUGACAGAAAAACCCACCAUACCAAGACCAAGCAGCGUGUCCAGGAGCAGGCAGCCUGGACGUGGGAGCAGAUCUUGGACGGGCAGGGGUCCUGGACCUGGAAGGAAAUCCUGGCCGGGAUGGAUCGCCGGCCAUGGAGUGAGACGGUGGAGGCGCGCCGUAGAGAGGAGCUACGGCGUGAUCAGGGUCGUCGUCGGAGGGUCGUGAGUCAACCCCAGAAAAUUUUUAGGGGGGGGCACACGGCAUGGACGACGGGGCUGACGGAGGAGAAAAGGGGGAGUAUCCAGGAGGCCACCAGGCCAGGGGUACACCGCCCUGUACGUCCUGUGCGGAUGCCUCACACAGAGUGUGUGAGGGUAGGCAUUCAGCCAGGACGGGUGGUGGCCGCUGUUCACUCCAGGCCUCCUAUCCGUCUCCACAGCCCGGUCCGGCCUGUUCCUGACACCCGCACCAAGUCUACGGUGUGCGUCGCCAGCCCGGUCCGGCCUGUUCCUGCCACCCGCACCAAGUCUACGGUGCGCGUCGCCAGCCCGGUCCGGCCUGUUCCUGCCACCCGCACCAAGUCUACGGUGUGCGUCGCCAGCCCGACCCGGCCUGUUCCUGCCACUCGCACCAAACCUACGGUGCGCGUCGCCAGCCCGGUCCGGCCUGUUCCUGCCACCCGCACCAAGUCUACGGUGUGCGUCGCCAGCCCGACCCGGCCUGUUCCUGCCACUCGCACCAGACCUCCGGUGCGCGUCGCCAGCCCGACCCGGCCUGUUCCUGCCACUCGCACCAAGCCUACGGUGCGCGUCGCCAGCCCGGUCCAGCCUGUUCCUGCCACUCGCACUAAGCCAGGGGUGCGAGUCGUCAGCCUGGUAAGGCCCGUUCCUCCUCCACGCACCAAGCCUACGGGGUGCGUCGGCAGCCCUGUCCGGCUCGUUCCUGUCCUCCGCACCAGGUCUGUGGUGCGCGUCGCCAGCCCAUUCCGGUCCAUUCCUGUUCCACGCACCAAGCCAGGGGCGCGUGUCGUCAGUCCGGCUCCGGCCAGCGGGGCUAGACAGGACCAGGGGUACUGUGGGGGGUGUAUCGGAGGGUGGUGGUAUAGGCCGGAGCCAGAACCGCCACCGAGGAGGUAUGCCCGCCCAGCCCUCCCCUGUUUGGGGGUUUUGAGGCGCGGUCGCAGUCCGCGCCUUUAGGGGGGGGUACUGUCACACCCUGGUUCUGGGACUCAUUAUGUUGAGCCAGGGUGUGUGCAUUCUAUGUGUUCAUUUUCUAUGUUUGUAUUUCUGUUGGGUUUAUUUCUAUGUUUGGUCAAUGACUCCCAAUCGGAGGUAACGAGUGUCAGCUGUCGGCUCGUUAUCUCUGAUUGGGAGCCAUAUUUAUACUGCGUGUUUUCACCUUGGGGUUGUGGGUUUUUGUUCCUUAGUCGGUCAGUGUAACCGUUGGACUUUACGUAUCGUGUUUUGUUUGUUAUUUAGAUACUUUAACUUAUUAAAGUCAUGUUCUUCUCACACGCUGCGCCUUUGUCUACUCUCCUUUACGACGAUCGUGACAGUUAUACUUAUUCAUAUCCUCAACAGAUCCCCUCCUGACCAUCGGGUAUGUCCUUGUGGUUGUCCUGGUGACCACUCUGUUAAUGGCCUGUCUCAUUGUCCUGACUAAGUGUGGAUGGAGGGUACAUGGCUGUUGUGCGACCCCUGAAAAGGACCUCCAGUUGCCUACAAGGGACACAUCAGCCAACGGUAAUGAUAAACUAUCCAGUAACCCAUUUGACAAUGUGGGCUCUUGCUUGUCAAUUCAACUCUUUAGCCAAUGGCCUACUGAGAUUGGACCCCUUUAAAGUGUUGAAUGUAAUACUUGGUUUACAUGAAAAUAUGGGUAAUUUUUAGCUAUGCAACUUCAAUUGUUAUUAGCAGUAAUAUAAUUAUUCAUCUUAAAGAGAUAUGGUGUGAAUACAAGUUAUUCACUGCAACAAUUGGUGCAGGAAACUCUGAUAAUUUGUCUUUAACUCAAACAGGUCAGCCAAAUGGCCAAACUUCACUGGUAAGUAUCCGUUUCUUGUGUUAUAUUUGGAUCAUUAUCAGUUAUAGUGUGGGAAAGGAAGCAAAUUAUACAAUUGAUAAAGAAGAUGAGAAAAGUAUAUUUUAUUCACCUGUAGACCAAUCCUGACUAGCAGGUGCAAAACCUACAUUACGGGGAAAAAAAUGUAUGGACUCACUACUGUAAGUCGCUCUGGAUAAGAGUAUCUGCUAAAUUACUAAUAAUGUCAAAACAAAAUCAUUGUUAAUUACUGUUUACAUCAAUAUGUUUAUUUUAUUCCAAUCAUUUGUCUUUAUCCUCUUUAAUUACAAAGUCAUAAUUGAUUUGAAACAUGUCUAGUUUAGCAAAUGACCAGUAUCUAUUUUGAUAUGUUACCAUACAUAUACUGUAUGUGUGUAUGGAUGCUUUGCUGCACUGCUUAGCCAGACAGAUGCUAAGGACUUGUGUCUGUCUGCUGUCCCUUCCAAGACACUGAACAUUACUGAAGGGAUUCCCAUGACGACGUUCUCUCACAGUGCUGCGAAGACUGAGUAUUACACCCUUGUCACACCCCUGCUGCCAGGCAGAGAGCCCAGA